AUGAAGACCACUCUUUUUACCCUCCUCCUCGCCCCGCUGGCUAUCCAAGCUGCCGAGAUAGCCCGCGUGCUCCCCAACAAGCCCGCCGACCAGCUCGCCGCCGCCGGUCUGAAACCAUCCGACGCCCACGCGCCCCAGGCCGAGAUUGCCGAGGGUGCGACUAAUGGCGGCAAGACACUUGACAGCGCCGCCAUCUAUUGCCCGGGCGACUAUCCAUACUUCGUGGUCGUCCCCGCGGAGCGGCCCAGAGAGUGCGGUGGGUCUUCGGGGGCCGAUUCUCCCCCACACCGAAUCAACGUCCAUUCCUGGGGUCCCGGGGAGCCCGAAGCUACCGGCACGGUGGUUAUGAGACGCCGAUCACCGAUGACACCCCGCGUCACGGGCCGCGUGGCUCAGUACAACAACACCCCCGCAACCCUAGUCGAAGCUGUCGUCCACAACGAGGGCUGCGACCUGCACUACUGGCGACAGGGCCAAGGCCCGACGCUCAUCAUCUUCGUCCCCGGUGGGGGCGGCAAUGGCGACCAGUACUUCCCUCUCAUGGCCCUGCUGACCGAACACGGCGGUUUCACGACCGCAACAUUCGACCGCCGACAAACCUCAGCCAGCCAACUGGUGCCUGCAGGCACCAAACAAAAGCGACUGAGCCCACCCCAGCAGGCACGCGAUGUACGUGCCGUGAUCCAGGUCCUGGGCUUCGAGCGGGCCGUCGUCUUUGGCAACAGCAGCGGCGCCAUCUUUGCGCUUCAGUUCGCGCACGACUUCCCGGACCUGGUCGACCGGGUCAUCGCGCACGAAGCACCCCUGACGGCACUCCUGCCCGAUGCCUCCAAGAUUACGGAGUGGUUCCUGCAACUUUAUGAGCGGUACGAGACGGAGGGCAUGAUGCCGGCGGCUAUGCAGUUCGCGUCGGAGUUGCUUGGGUAUGACGACGAGGGCAUGCCGCCGCCCAAGCCUCCCGUGCCGGGGAACCUGCGGAACUUUUGGGAGAACGAGUUUCUGGUGCUGCUGGGUUACGUACCCAACCUGUUUCGGAUCAAAGAGAAUGGGACUAGUGUUGGCGUCAUGCGGGGGGAGCGGUCUCGUGAUGCAUUUUAUGCGCGUACGACGGAUGAGAUGGCCAGAACCCUGGAUUGUCCUCACUUUAUGGUGCCGGGCCAUCAUCAGGGGUAUGAACCCGAGGCGGACAAGUUUUUGCCCAGGUUUUUGGAGAUGUUGGAUGUGUUGGAGGAGAAGAAGAAGGCGGGUGGGAGGUGA